GACUGUCACUAGGGGGCGAAAUCCGUAUGUCGUGUGCAGUGUGAAGGCGAGCACGGUGAAACGCAGCAAAUCAACAAAUCGGUUUUCGCGAUCACAAGACAAAGGAAGAAGAUCAUAUAGCAAAUCUUCUUCUCUCGCAGCAUCUUUGACUUGUGUUGAUGUGUAUUUUGUGAUUACUGGGCAAAAAUACAGGCCGGUCAUUGUGUCCGGGCUAAGAAGCGGAAGUGUGCGUUUAUCAGAACGAAAUCAAUCGAAAUGGCGAAGAUAGAGAUCUGUCUCGUGUUAUUCUUUUUACUUGGGUUGUGUGCUGACUGUGAAUUUGUGGCAACUGGGACAAAUUGCACUUUAAAGUCAGCGAUAACAGGACCUAUUGAAUUGGGUGACUGGAGAUACAAUGGCAAUUUGGUGGUUGAGUGGGACAUUAAAACUGGUUUUCUUGAAUGGUACCGAUUCCAAGACCGAGCAAAGCUUAACCUUGCCAAUGGAGACCUCUCAGUUGUUCUGAAGAAGGAAGACAGCGGUGUAUUUAAGGCCCAAUUCCAGGUGAAUCGGGUUCUGCAGUAUUUUGAACGUACAAUUAAAGUGAUUGAUCCAGUGACUAAGCCAAAAGUGACUUGUGAGGAGAAUGACCAAGGUAUAAAACUUAUUUGUUCACUGGUUCCUCCAGUGGAGGCAGAGUUUAAAUGGACCGGACCAAAUGGGUUUUCUGAUGUUGGGAAUAGUACUCAAAUUGACAGAAAUCAAAAUGAUGACUCAGUCUAUUACUGCUCUGUAAAAAAUGAAGUGAGCGAAGAGUCAGCAGAGCUCAACCCUAAAGAUUGUUUCGGUAAAGGUCCAAAUGAGAUUAAUAUUGGUGCUGUUGUGGGAGGAAUUAUUGCAACACUUGGAUUCAUAGGCCUUGUAGUCACAUCUGUAUUUAUUCAUAAAAAGAAAGGUUAUAGUGGUGGUGCACGUGGCAAAGAGAGCACGCCAACAGGAGGCAAACAACCACAGUCAAACACCAACAGUCCAGAUGAUGGAGUUAAUGUUCCUCUGUCACAAGACGCCCCAAAUCAGAUUGUUUAAUCAGAAAACAAAACGUGUGCAGUCAAAGGAUGAGCUACAGUGAAGAUCGAACCCAACUGAGAUGAAUAUGGUGCACAUUUAACCCCUGCAAAAAAAGCAAAUCAUCAAAAAGAAUGUUACAGUGAAAACUAUGGAAAUGUGCUUUUCAAGGCUGAAGGACAUACAAGAGAAAAUCCUAGGUUUUAUAAUGCAGACAUGACACUUUUAAAUGUUUUAAAUUCUCUGUUUGUUUUUUUAGACUUUGUUCUUUGUAUUUUAUUGCUCCUUCCUUUGGUUUUUUUGUUUGGGUCCAAAUACUGUUAUAGAUGGAGGAAGCAGUGAGUGAUGCUGAUAGUGUAGAAAACAUACUAGGCUCUAAUAGUAGGUUCUCUUACCAUGAAACCUCCAAAAAAAUGUUUUAUCUACUAUUUAUUCCCCUACACCCCCAUAUAACAAAUGUUUGCUUUAUUUACAUAAUAGAAGUGACUACAGUUUGGAAUAUUAGGCAGCUCUUGUUAAGAAACGGGGAGAUGGGACUAUAUCCAAAGAGCUCUUCGGAGGAGAACAAUCACUGGAUCAUGAUCAUUGGCUGUUCACAGAAUGUGAACAGCCAAUGAUCAUGAUCCAGUGAUUGUUCUCUUCGGAGGAGAACAAUCACUGGAUCAUGAUCAUUGGCUGUUCACAGAAUGUGAACGUUCAGUGCAUAAAAUCCUCCAGAGUGUCUGGGAUGAUUUCAAAGAAUAGUAUUUGGGGAAAUCACCAGGCUUUCUGCUGUCAAUUGAUAUUAUUAGGGCUGGCAUUCUAACUACGUAUGUAUGUUUUUUGGUUAACACACCUACAGUGCAGAUAAAAUAUCUACACACCCUUGUGAUAUUGCAAGUUUUUAAAAUAUAAAAUCAUGUUAUCUUUUAUCUUUUUACUUUAAAUGUGAUCUUCCAAAAAAAAAGCCAGAGGAAAAAAGUAACAUUUUAAUAUUUUGGAACAUUUUAAUUAAAAAACCUACAACAUCCUGCAUAAGUCUGCAAACCCUAUCAUAAUGGGGUCUCUACCUGUCCUCAGAGUUCACCAGUCACUUUUAAAAUCUUAAUUUACUUAAUUUUUGAAAGUCACCAAUCAAGAGAGGGAUAUAACAGAAAAAAUGCACUAAAUGGAGAAAAUGUGGCAUCACAUAGACAUUGCACAGAUAAUGACAACUCUCCCAAUUUGACAUGACAAGGAGAAAUCUUACCAAGAGGCUAACAUCAACAUUGAAAGAACUACAGGAAGUGCUGGUAGGUGCUGGUCACUCAUGUGACUACCAUCUCCUGUGUUCUGCACAAGUCGGGGCUGUGGGGUAGGGGGGCAAGAUGGAGGCUUUUUCUUACUAAAGGGAAUAUGCAAGCCUAUCUGAAUUAUGCCAAGAGAUUCAUUUAGUUACUCUGCAAAUACUGUUUUGCAAGGAAAAGUUAUAUAAAAUUCCAAAGUCUAGAUGUGUGAGAUUAAUAGAGACUUGUGCAUGAAACUUGACGCUGUAAAAAAGGCAGAAGGUGCUUCCACAAAGUAUUAGUUGGGAUGGGUGUUCAGACUUAAUGCAUUAAAGAUGUAAUAAGUCAAAACCUGAAAAAAAACAUUUUUUGUAUUUAAAAACUUGCAUGGGUUGAUAUUACAAUCUGUACAGUCUCCAGUACAAUGUCUGUUGCUUAAUGUUUAAUUGCUGAGAAUUAGUUUGGGUGAUGCUGGGUGAUAAUCUUGUUUCCUGGGUGCUUAAGUUUAAACCAGGAUCAAUAAAGUGUCUACCUACCUAUCUGUAUACAUUUUUUUUAUAUCCACUGUAUCUGGACAAAUUCAGUUGAACUCAUUGGGACUUUCCUGCAGAUAGCAUGGCCAAGUGGAACAAUGCCUCUUGCAGUGAAUGACAAGCUUUUUAUUUUUUUUCCAAAAAUUGUCUUUUAAACCAUGCAAAAAAGGUCAUAAAUACUCUGUACAGUAUUCUAAUUAGAUGACCAAUUGCUGCCUGAAUCUAAAUAUUGUAAGCAGAAUGGCUGAUGUUUUUAUUUUAUUAUUAAUGCCACAUGAUGAGAGAGAGAGAUGCACUGUUUGUAUGAGUAGUAAGCAUAUUAAAAGGCCUUAGGGGAUGCUGUCCUCCUUCAGUUGUACAUUUGUAGUAUGUGAAACAAGAUGUCAGGGUUACUCCUGGGAUUCUCUGAGAGAUUUCUUUCUGAGAUAUUGUGCUGUCCCUUUUACCCUUUUACCUCUGUAAAUUAUGCAACCCAGACUCUCACUUUGUAAACUCAUCAAAAUAGUAAAACCCAGCUGCUUGUGUUGUGUCAAUGUAAAA